AUGGGUUCCUGCAUUAAAUUAUACACCCAAAUAAUAUUUGGAAUAGGUCUUACAUUUGGACAUACAACUCAAAUUUACGCUCGAUUUGAAUUUACCAACUUGGAAUGUGUUGCAAUAGAUAAGGCGUUCGGUAUAUUCGACUAUUGUUAUCUAAAGUCCGUUAAUCGUACUUAUAAAUACGCAUCAGCGAAAUAUUUGCCCCUUCAAGUUCCCAUCAAUAACAUCGUUUUAAAAAUUGAACUCAUGAAACGCUUGAAUGGCUAUAAACCAUUUCUUUACAACAUUUCUUUUGAUUAUUGUCGCUUCAUGAGAAAUCCCAAUUCAGGAAAUAAGGUAGAAACUUUCUUUUUAAGCCUUGUUCAACCUUAUACUAAUGUUAACCACACUUGCCCAUACAGCGAGUUUUUACUUGUGGAUAAACUACCGAUCAGCUUUCUCGACUACAAAUUAACAAAAAUCUUACCGCUUCCUGAGGGAGACUAUCGCGUUCAAGGCAUCGCGGUGGUCAGUGGCAUUAAAAGAGCUUACGUCAAUACCUAUUUUAGGAUAUUUUAA